GCUCAGACUUCCUGUCCCUUUGAGCUGACUUCGGCUGACGCCGACUCCGACUUUUCUCCCGCUGAUUUCCGCUUUUCCCCUGCUGACUUCCGCUUUUUCCCCUUUGACUUCCGGUCUCUCCGUGCUGACUCGGCCUUCCGCCGGCGCGGAGAUGAAGCUCCUGAUUCUCGCUGUGUUUGCCCUCUUUUAUGUGGCCCGCUGUGAGGAGGGCGCCAGGCUGCUGGCCUCCAAGUCUCUGCUCAACAGAUACGCAGUGGAGGGCAAAGACCUCACUCUGCAGUACAACAUCUACAACGUUGGCUCCAGUGCUGCCUUAGAUGUGGAGCUGUCGGAUGAUUCCUUCCCCCCGGAGGAUUUUGGCAUUGUCUCUGGGAUGCUCAACGUCAAGUGGGACAGAAUUGCUCCAGCAAGCAAUGUGUCCCACACUGUGGUUCUGCGGCCUCUCAAAGCUGGAUAUUUCAACUUCACCUCUGCUACCAUCACCUACCUGGCACAGGAGGGCGGACAGGUGGUGGUCGGUUUCACGAGUGCUCCUGGGCAGGGAGGAAUCCUGGCUCAGCGUGAGUUCGACAGGAGGUUCUCCCCUCAUUUUCUGGACUGGGCGGCCUUCGGCGUGAUGACUUUGCCCUCCAUUGGGAUCCCACUGCUGCUGUGGUACUCGAGCAAGAGAAAAUACGACACCCCCAAGACCAAAAAGAACUGAGAGUGGCCCCGUGGGCCCGGCACCCCCAGAGCUCAGGAGAGAGCAGCACAGAGGAGCACAGAGGAGCACAGAGGAGCACAGAGGAGCACAGAGGAGCACAGAGGAGCACAGAGGAGCAGGUGUGUUCAGAUCAGCAGCAGCAGCUCCUGAGAGCGCUGCAUUUCAGCCCUGUUGGUGAGAGGGGGCCCCUGCUGGCACCGCUGUGCUUUUUUUCCUCGCUCUUAUUGCAGUGAAGAGUUGCUGGUUUGGUUUUUCUUUCUUCUGUUGCUCUGGUGAGGGUUGAGGUGUGUGGAGGUACGGAGGAUUUUGUAAUAAAUGCCCUGAAAGAA